UCUUGUUGUCGUUCUUGGCAUCAAGGUGGGGAAGCAAGAAUUGCGAAAAUGGCAGUGGAUUCGUUUUUGUUUAUAUUCGCUCUGAUCGACGAGGCGACGUUGCUUUUCUUGGCAGUGUAUUUCAUCAUUACUCUGUCCGAUUUGGAGUGCGACUAUCUCAAUGCUACAUCAUGCUGCAGCAAGCUCAACUAUUGGAUCCUUCCAGAGCUGAUAGCACAAGACUUCCUGACAGUGGUCCUCCUACUCAGUGGACACUGGGUGCUGUUCCUGCUGUAUGCCCCACUUGGGGCGUGGAUCACAUACAAAUUUGUGGUCAACCCAUCAGGGAAUAUUGGAAUGUUUGACCCAACGGAGAUCCACAAUAGGCAGCAGCUGAAACUCUACAUGAAAGAAAGUCUGGUUCGACUUGGUUUCCAUCUUAUUUUCUUCUUCGUCUACCUGUACUGGAUGAUUUAUUCACUGGUGAAGGGAGACGACAGCUGAAGGACCGAUCCUAUCUACCCCCGCAAGGUGAACCCAACCUGGGAUAUACCAUGCCUCUGCUCACAUGGACCCUGCUUUGUAUUUACAGGAUAACAUUGGUCGUUAGUUUCCUUUGUUAGUUUACAAUUAGGCCACAAGUUUUUUAUGUGUUUGAUGAAUAUGUGUAUAGCUGCAAUGUGUUCAGGGAAUUAUUGAGCAAAUCAGAAAUAUUUGUCGCAUUUUUGUGGUUGGUAAAAUGAUUUAUGUUUUGAAUGAUUUGUAAGGAGGAAAAAAUUCCACCAUGAUGAGAAAGGAAAUAUUGUUAAUCAAACAUCAACGAAACACAUGUCAUAUUUGGGAUUACACUUUCCCAGUAAAGUACAGAUUAUAGUACUUUUGUUGGCUUGAGUCCCAUCUUGGAUUCUAACCCACACUUAGAGUCCGGCACCUUACUUGCAGCACCCAAAGUCAGCACGCUAACCCAUUCAGCUACCAAUGCUUCCUCAAAAAAAGUCAGUCAACUGGAAGUGAAAAUCACAGACUUUGUGUACCUGUUUGACAAGUGUAAAUUGGCAUGGCUUGCACAGCCGAAAUGCCAUUAAGAAAGUGGUCAAAUGUAACAUAUGUUAUAUCUGGGAUUACACUUUCUUAGUUUGUGUCCUGGCGAUUUGGUGCCUGACUCCGAGAGUGUGGAUUUGAAUCCUAGAUGGGACUCCGCCCAAAGAAUCUAUAAUCUUUACUUUACAGAGAGAGUGUAAUUCCAUAUAUAACAUUUUACAUUUUAUCACUUUGUUAAUGGCAUUGUGUAUGUAUGAAAAACACCAGUUGGCAUUCAUUUAAAUGUUCAAAUGUUUGUUCUUGUAAUUUCAGAGAAAUAAUGUUGAUUACCUGAAGGAAUGUGUUCUGUUUGGAUGAUAUUUCCAAUGAACAAGCUCUGGAUGUUUGAUUGCUGUAUAUCACACUGUUAUGCUUAAACCAUAUACAGCGAAACUCUGCUGGUCCAGAAACCCAUGUUAGGCUGGAAUGUGAUGUUAUUUAUGAUCUGGAAUCCUGCUGAUCAUGACAGUUUGACAGAUAACAGGGUUUCACUGUGUUCAUUUCGUGUCAUGGAGUGAGAUUGUUGUGAUUAGAUUGUUAUUUAAUGAGAAUGUGUGAAGGUGAAACAAUAAAAAACAGUUGUCGUCCUAAUAGUCCCUAAAUGUUUAUUGCCUAAAACCAUUUCUUUUCUUUUUUUGUGGACAUAAUCAAGAAAUGUUUGUUUCGUAUAUACCACAAAGUUAAAGAACAGUUGAAAAUAUCAUGCAUGCGUGUGUUGCUCUCUGUGGGGUAUAAAGAAAA